GUUGUUUUCUUCACCAAUUUUCACUUCCUCGACUCAGACGACGGAGAAAUAUCACAAGUGAAAUCCAUUCCCCGACCGCAACCUCGAAAAUACACCGAUGUUGAUUGGGCAAGAAGACUUUCCUCUUUAGAGUGGAUCGUCGGUAGUUGGGCGACCGCAAAGCUUGGUGCGAUAAAUUCAUCGCGAUUCGCUGAAGACGGGCGGCACAGCACAACAAUCCGUUGUCGUUGUCUUUUGAUGGUGGUGCCCGCUGCACAACAAUCGCUUGGCACGUCAGCAAUGAUGGACAGACCAAAAGGGGCGAAACGUCGAUUUGACCUCUUUGCUUUGGGAUGCCUCGUCGCCACCACUAGCCAUUUAGGCUCCCGAUUUGACAGCACGUCCUCGUUUGCGCGACCACAAUAUUUUUCUAUAGCAGUCUUCACCAUAACUGCAGCAUUUUGUUUUUUCCUAUCAUGUCUGGUCUCGACUGAGACUGCAUGGCCAAGUCCUCUACAUGUCGACGAAAAACCUGGACCAUCGACCUCCCAAAUACCGAUUCUCACAAUCACCGAACCGGAGCCACGCGGGACUGUUAGACCUCUUCUAAAGUCGGCAAACCAGGCUGUCUCAACUCUGAAAAGGUGGUCUCCGCCAAAUGGAGUAUCUCUACUUUUGUCUGUGGUUGUCUGCCGGGGACUACUCCUAUGGCGUGUGCUGAGGCACAUACAAUGUUCCUGGGGCUGGAUCCAGGCUCUGCUGCCGUUAUCCGUCCUUCUGGCCGAUGUAGUGAUCCCAGCAGAGCGCACCCGGAUUUCUUUGCCGUAUUUGAGGAUAGACGACGAUGAAGAGGCCAAGCAAUCUCGACUAUGUCGACACUGCCAUGGCUCGAGGAACUUACGCCUAAAGUAUGCCGUGAUGGCGGCCAUGUGGGCUUUGGCAGCUGCUCAGAUGACGAUGCACUGGUACCGGCCUACGGAUGUCAUCUGUCCGCGGGGGUGGAGGAUAGAGCAGUACAUUCCUGCCACGCAGGUUCUCUGCUUGGCGCUUGACGCUGCCUUUCUGGUACUAACCCAUCGUAUUCGGCCGUGCCAAGGCAGUGAUGGAAUCGACAACAACCCUGGGAGCUAUUCUUCCGGCUCGUGCUGGAAGACGCUCAGUUUUGUCUUUGCAGCCACGGCCACCAUAUUGGCAUUUUGUGUCUGGGUCGGUUCUACGCGCGGUUAUGAUCCCCAGGUACACGACUCACUUGACGGACUAGAAAGGUCCGACCUAGCCGGUGACUCCUUUUGUGCAGCUGUGUUGCUACUAUCGGUUAUCCACUUACUUGCCAGGAUACAUCCAGCCACAAUGGCGCUUAUAUUAUCCGGUUUGAGCCUCUAUGUGCAUCGACUCGCUACACUAGGCUACGAUGCGCCCUGGGAACAUAUGGACUGGACAACAUCCAUGCUAUUUCCUACAAUGAUGAUCAUCUCGACUGGAAUGCUGCUUCGGUGGGACCGAGACUUGCGCCCGCAGCCGAGGUCAUCUUCUCCCGAUGGGACCGUACACAGGGUGUUGAUUUUUGGUUACGUGAUAUUGGCUUGCUUGGUUCUCUCCUCGACGAUUUUUCGCAUACCAGAUGAAUCCGCUGUUCAAGAUAUACCAGGCUUAGGAACCAUUAUAUCCGCCGCCUACGCCAAGUCCGAAAGGUGGCAAGCACGGGCCGGCAGCAGCAAAACGCUCGAUGAGGCUGUUCGGACUUAUCGGCAGCGACAGGGCAUACCACCACCGCCCAAUUUCGACAAGUGGUAUGAGUUUGCACGGUCGAAAGACUCAGUUAUCAUUGACGACUUUUCCCAGAUCGAAUCGGAUCUUUUACCUUUCUGGGGCAUGGAGCCUUCCGCCAUUCGGGACAUGACGGGCCAGCUGCUCGAGUAUCCCAAGGCCUCGAUGGGAGGCCUACGGAUACAGAACGGCGAGAUCAAGCUCUCUCCGCACAUCCCCGGCACCCACCUGUGGAUGGUGAUGGGCAUGGCCGAUAUAAUACGCCCAUUUGCGCAGUGGCUUCCUGAUAUGGAUCUCGCCAUCAACCUCGACGACGAGUGCCGUGCUGCUGUUCCAUUUGAAGACCAGGCGGCGCUGCAGGCCGAAGCCGGGAUCACCCGAUCUCGACUGGGAAAGGUCGGGACAAGCGAUCUGAUUGCAUCUUUCAACUCCUCCCAUGCCUCAACAUCAAAAUGGUCAGAUCGCUUCAUGGCAGAGAAUGGUAUGAAGAACAAGGCGAUUCUGCCGCCCUUCUUCGAAGACUAUCAUAAAAAGCCCAUCUAUCGUACUUUGGUGGCACCAGCGUGUCCCCCCGACUCGCCGGCGAGGAAUUGGCGGUGGUGGAACAAGAGGGACACUUGCCUCGCAUGUGCGGCGCCACACACCUCGUUGAGCAUGGAAGGCAGGGUUGUCUCGAAUUGGACCGGGGCUCAGGAUUUGUGUCAUCAGCCUGACAUGGCGCAACUGGACGGUUUCAUCUUCUCACCCGCAGCCAUGAUCACAACUCGGAAGAUGAUGCCCAUUUUUAGCCAAGCAAAGGUCACUGGAUUCGUCGACAUUUUGGUGCCGUCGCCGUGGAAUUUUCAUUCCAAAACGCCUUAUAAGGAGUCAGCUGAUAUGUCAUGGGACAAGAAGCAAAACACUGUCUUCUGGCGUGGUUCUGCAACGGACGGUUUUGCUGCUGCUGGAUCAUGGACUUCAUUCCUCAGGGCAAGGUUCGUUGAUGGCGCAGAUGUCAUUGCUGAACAGAUGGGACCGUCUGCAGGCGACUCGGGCAUUGGAUUGAACGUCAGUUUUGUCGGCAAGUUUCCCCGGUGCGAGGGACCAGACUGCCAGGCCGAAGCACAGCAUUUCUAUGACAAUCGCCGCUCGCCAAUCACGAUCGAGGGGGUGGAUGCACAAAACGACAAGGCAUCUGCGGAAAACAAGAAGCUCUCGGGGCCCUCGGUAUCGUUUGAGGAGCACUGGAAAUUCCGACAUCUUGCAGACAUGGAUGGGGCCGGCUUCAGCGGGCGCUUUCUUCCAUUUCUUCAAAGCAAGAGUCUAGUGUACCGAGCCGGCCUCUUCCGCACUUGGUUCGACGAGCGGGUGCACCCGUGGCGUCACUAUGUGCCAAUGGACUUGCGGCUGGGAAUGGGCACGGACGCUUGGUACUCGGUGGCAGCCUUCUUUGGCGGCAGGCGGGGUUCCCACCUUGGAGAGAAGAUCGCGCUCGAGGGGCGUGAGUGGGCGCAAAAGGCAGCCCGGCCGGCGGACAUGCAGGUGUACAUGUUCAGGCUGUUGCUCGAGUGGGGCAGGAUAGUGGAUGAUCGGAGAGAAUCCUUGGGUUACACCGGGCCCAGUGCGGGUGGUGGCUGAUCUGGUUGCGAUGGGUAUAUGAAACAAAAGGUUCGGUAUAUUUGUUGUAACUAAUUUUUCCUUUGUUUUUCUUUUUGUUUUUGUUUUUUGGGCGGAAUGGGUUUUUCUUCCAUCGCUGGACGGCAAAGUUUUUGUUCGACGUUUGUACAUAUCAUGAGGCAAGCAUGUUUCUGUAUAGGGUAUUCUUCUCUUUUUCUUUUCUUUUUUCCUUCUUUUGGCUAGGAUAACCACAGGGCAUUGUUCAUAAGGUUUGGAUAAACCAGCAUAGGGUAUUAAGUCUAC